AUGGCGCCUGCAAAUGGGCACCUGCUGCUCCCCAAGAUGUGGAGAGCAGCAAGGUUUGCCUACGAGAAGGCGUUCAGGGCCAUCAGAGCCAAAUUACCUGAGCCUACACAGCAUCCCUCACUGCAUUACCAGCCGGCAUACGCACGCAUUAACUCCCGGCACCCCAUCAAUCGGGUGGCUGCUAUCCGUCAGGCCCGGAGCCGCUACUUCUCUACUCGUGCGGCCGGGGCCUUUGUCUCGGCUCUCCGAUCUGGGGUUCAAGCCGAUGCCAACGCCUACAAGGCUACUCGCAUUGCUUCCAAUAUCAGUCGCCUUACAUCCCGAGCCCCAUUUGCCUCCACUCUUCGCCCCAACCUGACCGGUGGAACCCUGGGACGGACUGCUGGAGGAUAUGCGGUCGGGGCUGGCCGUUUUGGGGGAGCCCGCUACUUCUCCCAUGGACCCGCAGCUCCUGCCCAAGUAAUUCAAAAUGUUUCUCAAGGCAAGCGGUACAAGGCCGUCAGUGCCCUUCAAGACCAGGCGAGCCGUACAUUGCAUGCUGCCCCGUUCAAUGCUCCUGGAUCCUACGUCGACUUUCAAUUGUCUCCGACCAUCACAGCUCUUUCUGGACUCCGCUCCUUUGGCCAGAAGUCCAGAAAUGAGACUCUGAAUUCCGAUGGCCUUAUGGAUAUGCUGUCUGCGGAUUUUGCCCGCGCACUGAAGGAUUUCGCUACCGUGUUGAACGAUCUGAAACGUAUUUCCUCUUUGGGUAACCUGCCAAUUCAUCUACACGAUCAAUCAACGAUUCGUGUACAGUUCCCUGGUUGUGACGCGGAAACCGUUGAACGCCUCUGUGAUGAAGUGGGCGUUCAAAGGGGCCGAAUCUUUCAGGAUGAAGAUUUCAAUCUUCGUACUGGAGCCGAUCUCGCAUUGCUUUUCCCAUUCGCGCCCAGCCGUGUUGCUUCUUCAGAUACGCAGAACUACUUUGAGACAAUCUCAAACUCCGAGACUCAGGUGUCUGAUGACGAACUUGAUUGGCGUGACAUGAUCACGCCAGAAUCUGGUAGUCCAUUUUCACAGGAUUCCGCUCGGGAUGCUACAAACAAUCUCAGCUUCGAGGACCCAGAACUAUUCGGUAGCAACCCGUGGAAUUCCUCUCGAUCAGCAUAUUCGAGCAUCAACAUCAGUGACCUCGGUGACCGCGUAUUCUUCCCAGAUGAUUCUAGCGCUGGUUUGCCGGAGACUUCCUCGGAGCAUGAUGGCGUUGAAGGGAUUUACAAUUUCCUCGCCGAAUGUGACCGGGCCCGUUUUUAG